AUGUACACACUCAGCGGUUCCGGCCCUCCGCGGGUCCGUUGCCGUCCCUUGUUGGGCUUCGUCCCCCUUGGGGUGGCCGUUCUCUUCAACUUUGCCUCCGAGGGACUUCCCGCCUGGGUCCGGGAUUGUGGAGGUUUCCGGACCUACGGGGGAGUGCCCUCCCGCGAUGUCCUCCUGGUCUCAGCCAUCAUCACCGUCAGCCUUAGCGUCACCAUCGUCCUGUGCGGGAUCUGCCAGUGGUGCCAGCGCAAACUGGGUAAACGUUAUAAAAAUUCCCUGGAGACGGUGGGGACCCCGGAUUCCAGCCGAGGGCGCAGUGAAAAGAAAACCAUCAAUGAUCUAGACAGAGACUUUUGGAAUAACAAUGACAACACAGUGCAGCAGAAAUGGAGCUCCUACCCUCCCAAGGAGUUUAUACUAAACAUUUCACCUUACGCCCCAUACGGUGAUCCACGACUUUCCCUCAAUGGCUCUCUGCUGUCGGGCGCUAAGUUGGCCGCCUCUUCCGCUUCGGGGUUGGCGGGGGAGCGAGAAGGACGCCUGGGGGAGAAGCAGCAGCUCCGAGAGGACGGCAUGAAGAGCAGCCUGUCUGCCCACAGCGAGCCCAGCAAUGGGAAGGCGGGGAGAGGCCGAUGGCACACGGUGCAGAGCCACCUAGCAGCAGGGAAGCUCAGCCUAUCCAAUUUCGAGGACUCCACCAUGUCCACAGCCACUACCCUUGAGUAUAUCCCCACCUCAGCAGGAGACCCGAAAUGCCAGCGUCCCCGCACGCUGAUGCGCCAGCAGAGCCUCCAGCAGCCGCUUAGCCAGCACCAGAAAAGCAACCACAGCCAGCCCACCACCAGCCAGAGCCUGGGGCACCUACAGUCUCACACCAGCUCCUCUUCCAGCGGCGGCAACCCCCGGGGCCGGAGUGGCCAGUCACGGCAAGGGGUCUCGGCUGGCUCCAAGCACCGGACGGCUGGCGGCCGGAGCCGCUCCAACCCCGGGAGCUGGGACCACGUGGUGGGGCAGAUUCGCAACCGAGGCUUGGACGUGAAGUCCUUCCUGGAAGGCCGGAUGGUGGUGUUAUCCCUGGUUCUGGGACUCUCGGAACAGGACGACUUUGCCAAUAUACCCGAUCUGCAAACCGCUGGGAACCAGCAGGCGCAGAACUCUCAGGGGGACAAGAGGUUGCCGUCUGGAGGCAAGAUGGUGAACACAGCCCCUAUGCCUGGGCAGACCCAGAAUGAUGAGUCUGACCGCAAAACGGAGCCUCGCUCGUCUGUCUCGGACCUGGUGAACUCCCUGACCAGUGAGAUGCUAAUGCUCUCCCCAGGCUCUGAGGAUGACGAGGGACACGACAGCUCCAGCAGGGAGAACCUCGGCCGAAUCCAAUUCAGCGUCGGCUACAACUUCCAGGAAUCCACUCUGACUGUCAAGAUCAUGAAGGCUCAGGAGCUGCCAGCCAAGGACUUCAGCGGCACCAGUGACCCUUUCGUCAAGAUCUACCUGCUGCCUGAUAAAAAGAACAAGCUGGAGACCAAAGUGAAGAGGAAGAACUUGAACCCGCACUGGAACGAGACCUUCCUCUUCGAAGGUUUCCCAUACGAGAAGGUGGUGCAGCGGGUGCUGUAUCUCCAGGUUCUGGACUAUGACCGCUUCAGUCGCAAUGACCCCAUCGGAGAGGUGUCUAUUCCACUCAACAAGUUGGACCUGACCCAGAUGCAGACAUUCUGGAAGGAGCUGAAACCCUGCAGUGAUGGGAGCGGAAGUCGGGGAGAACUCCUCCUGUCCCUUUGCUACAACCCUUCUGGUAACUCCAUCGUUGUGAAUAUCAUCAAAGCACGGAAUCUGAAAGCCAUGGACAUCGGGGGGACGUCAGACCCUUACGUCAAGGUGUGGCUGAUGUACAAGGACAAGAGGGUGGAGAAGAAGAAGACGGUGGUAAUGAAGCGGUGCCUGAACCCAGUCUUCAACGAGUCCUUCAUCUUUGACAUCCCCACCGAGAAGCUGCGAGAGACGACCAUCAUCAUCACCGUCAUGGACAAGGACAGGCUGAGCCGGAACGACGUCAUUGGCAAGAUUUACCUGUCCUGGAAGAGUGGCCCCGGCGAGGUGAAGCACUGGAAGGAUAUGAUCGCCCAUCCCCGGCAGGCCGUGGCACAGUGGCACCAGCUGAAGGCCUGA